AUGGGACGCAAGAAGAAGGGAGACGAUUUUCUAGACCUUCCCGAUGCGGAAGAUGGCGUAGCUGUAGAGGAGGACGAGCCUGCCAAGCCGGCGCCCAAGGGCGGCAAGAAGGGCAAGAAGGGCAAGGCCGCGGCCUUCCUGGAUCUGCCAGACCCUGACGCCGAAGAACCCGACGGCGCCGCGGCCGCGGCCUCCAAGCCCGCCCCCGCCGGCGGCAGCGGCGGCGGCGCGGCCGCCAAGAAGGGCAAGGGCAAGGGCAAGAAGGGCGGCAAGUUCGACGCCGCAUUCGGCAGCGACGACGACGACGACGCAGUUGAGUUGUCUCUAAAGGCGCCACCUGCGGCCGGAUCGGAUGAGGAGGAAGAAGAGGACGAGGCGCCGCCGCCGCCGCGCCCCGCGGCCGGCAAGGCCAAGGGCAAGAAGGGCGCCAAGCCCAAGGGCGGCGCGGCGAGCGCGUUCGCCCUGCUCGGCGGCGAGGACGAGGAGGAAGAGGGGCAGCAGCAGGACGAGGAGGAGGAGGAGGAGGAGGAGGACGAGCCGUCGGCCGCUAAGAGCGCGGCAACGGGCUUUGCGGCGCUCGGCGGCGGCGACGAUGCUGACGAGGACGAGGAGGAGGAGGAGGAGGCCGAGUCGGCGCCGCCGGCGGCGAGCAGCGGCAAGAAGGGCAAGGGCAAGGACAAGAAGAAGAAGCAGCGGGAUGCUGACAGCCUCUUCGCCGCGCUGGCGGAGGACGGCAGCGGCGAUGAGGAUGAGGAUGAGGAGGCGGCGGCGGCCGCGGCGGCCGCUGUGAAGGACAAAAAGAAGAAGAAGAAGUCAAAGGACGUGGACAGCUUGUUUGCCGCGCUAGCAGAGGACGACGGCGGCGGCGGUGGCGGCGACGAGGGCGCGGCGGCGGCGGCGGUGGAGGCUGAGGAGGGCGGGGGCGAGGGGGAGGGCGGGGCCAAGAAGAAGAAGAAGGGCAAGAAGGACAGCUCGAAGCUGGACAGCCUGUUUGAGGCCCUGGGAGAGGACGGCGGCGCGGGCGCGGGCGACGGCGAGGAGGACGGCGCCCCCAAGAAGGAGAAAAAGAAGAAAAAGAAGGACUCUGACGCGCUCUUUGCGGCGCUGGAGCAGGAUGGCGCGGCGGGCGGCGACGACGAGCCCAAGGCGGAGAAGAAGGAGAAAAAGGAGAAGAAAAAGAAGAAAGACACCGAUGCACUUUUUGCCGCCCUAGAGCAAGACGGCGCGCCGCCCGCCGCGGCCGCCGAGCCGGCCCCCACGCCGGCGCCUGCGCCCGCGCCCGCCGCCGAGCAGCCGAGCCCCAGCGGUGGCGGCGCGGCGAAGGGCGGCAAGAAGGGCGGCAAGCCGGUCGCGGCGGCUGCGUCCAAAGAGGAGGACGAUGAGCUGGCGGCGCUGCUGGCUGAGAUUGACGGCCCGAAGGCGCCCGCGGCGGCGCCGGCCGCGGGGGGCAAGAAGAAGAAGAAGGGCAAGGGCGCCGCGGGCGGCGGCGGCGGCGGCGGCGACGACGACAUAGACGCGCUGUUGGCUGAGAUCGACGGGCCGGGCGCGGCGGCCAAGGCAGCGCCGGUGCCGGCGGCCGCCGCGGCGGCGGAGCCAGCGCCCGCGGCGGCGGCGGCGGAGGGCGGGGAGGAGGACGAUGGGGGUGAGGAUUUGGAGGCUAUGGCGGCGGCGGGCAAGGAGCUGACGGCGGCUCAAAAGAAGAAACUCAAAAAGAAGCAGAAGGAGAAAGAGAAGAAGGCCGCGGAGAAGGCCGCCGCGGGCGGCGGCGGCGGCGCGGAGGCUGCGGCGGCGGAGGCGGAGGCGGCCGCGGCGGCGACUGCGGCGGCGGGGGCGGGCGGGAAGAAGGGCGGCAAGCCGGUGAAGGAGACCCCGGCGGUGCGGCGGAUGCGGGAGGAGCUGGAGCGGCGGCAGAAGGCCGAGGCCGAGGUGCGGCUCAUGUGUGGGGCAUUCGCGGGGUGGCGGCGGCACUGCGCUUGCGGGGGCAGGGACAUUUGA